AUGGCUUUCAACUCAUCUUCGGAUAUCCUGGUCGAGUCCAGCAUUGGACCCUCGGCACCAUACAGGUUUGACUUCACGCUCGCCUUUGAGAGUAUCAUCUUGUCCAUUGUGCCCUCAGCUUUGUUCCUCAUCGUAGCUCCCCAGCGCCUCUUCUGGCUGAUCAAGCAACCCCGCAAAGUCACCAAGAGUACACACUCUGUCUUGAAAGUGGCGCUUAUUGGAAUCUAUACUGCUCUACAACUUGUUGACCUUUUAUAUUUGGCUCUUGGAUCGUCGGUCAUCACCACGGCUCAGAUUGCAGCCGCCGUGCUCGUCUUUGUAAACGGGCUCCUGCUGUUGCUUGUGUCACAUGCUGAGCAUACACGCUCAGUCAGCCCGUCGACACUCAUCAACGUGUAUCUCUUUUUCACCUUGCUAUUCGACUGCGUUAAUGUCAGGACAUUAUGGCUUCUUCAAAACGUCGACAUCCUCGCGAGGCUUGUAACAUCGGUUGCUGCCAUUAAAUUUCUCGUUCUGGCGGCCGAGGCCUGGGAGAAGAGAUCCAUCCUCCUGUCCCAGUAUCGAGAGCUGUCGCCCGAGGUGACGAGUGGGAUUCUCAGCCGGACGGUCUUUUGGUGGCUCAAUCCGCUGAUGAAGGCUGGCUUUGGUCGCUCGCUGACGGAGCAAGACUUAUUUCCCAUCCACGAAAGUCUGGAGGCGACAAGAUUGCUUGAACGAUCACAAAGUGCUUGGGGCUCAGCUAAUAGAUCCAAGAAAAAUGCGCUCUUUCGAUCGACGCUCAUUGCCUGCAAAUGGGUUUUUCUCUCUGGCGUGUUUCCUCGCCUCUGCCUAAUAGCGCUCAAGUAUACCCAGCCCUUUCUCAUUUCAAGAACUACAGACUUUGCAGGGGAUUUAUCGCAACCAGAUGAGAUAGGCUGGGGUCUCACGGGAGCAUGGCUUCUCGUUUUCCUUGGAUUGGCGGUAAGUAAUGGGUUCUACUACCACAUGACAUACAGAUUUGUCACUGCAGUAAGAGGAAGUCUAGGUGGCAUGAUUUAUUGCAAGACAUUGGAUCUCAGCACAACUGCUCUAGAUGAGUCCAUCGCCGUAACCUUGAUGUCAACCGAUUCGGAGAAUAUCUGCCUGACCUUUGCCAACUUGCACGAGGUUUGGGCCUCGCCUAUCGAAUGUGGUGUGGCCUUGUAUCUCUUGUAUAGAAACCUGGGUCUGGCGGCAUUGACACCAAUGACGGUAACGAUAAUCGCCACUGUUUCCAUCAUGCAACUUGCAAGAUUCAUGGGAAAUGCUCAAAGAACCUGGAUCCGCGGCACGCAAACCAGAGUCGACGUGACUGCGUCGAUGCUGGGAUCCAUGAAGGAGGUAAAAAUGCUCGGUCUCACCGAUCUAUUGACCCAAACGGUUCAAAAGCUUCGUGUAAAGGAGCUAAACUUGGCGAGCAAAUAUCGAGGGCUGCUUAGCUGCCGAGUAUUCCUUGGAAGCAGCACGGUGACAAUUGCGCCCCUGGCAACUUUUGCGACUUUUGUCAUCAUUUCCAAGGGGACCGGUCAGCCUCUGGAUGUGGCUUCGGCAUAUAGCUCCCUGUCUUUGAUCUACCUCUUAUCGGAUCCGAUAGCCACUGUCAUUCGCACGAUUCCCAUGCUGAGUGCAGCCAAAGCAUGUUUCGAACGCAUCCAGAAUUUCCUUCUCUCGGAAAGUCGCGAGGACAUGCGGCAGUCCUUGAGCCAGAGCUCGAGUGGAAAUGCUUCAUCAAUAUUCGAGGAAGAUAUGUCAUCGCGGAACUCGGUUUCCAUCCAGCUGCAAACUCUUCGAGCACCAUCAGAAAUUCACCAUGGGGCACCGUUGAUGAUGUUGUCCAAUGCAAGUUUCGGGUGGUCAGCCUCUGAGGCCCCUACGCUGAAAGACCUUUCCUGCACUAUCCCCGCUCAACAGUUGACAUUUAUUAUUGGAAAUGUUGGUUCUGGAAAGAGCACGCUUAUGAAAGCAUUGCUUGGAGAAAUUCGGCCUAUAAAGGGGUCCAUUCACACCGUUUCGCGUGAUGUUGCCCUGGCUAGCCAAGAACCUUGGAUACAGAACUUGACGAUACGUGAGAAUAUUCUUGGGGCUGCCGCCUUGGACAAAGCCUGGUACGAAAGGGUCAUUUCGUCGUGUUCACUCGAAAGAGAUAUGCUAGAACUGCCAAAUCAAGAUGCGACAAAAACGGGCAGUGCUGGAGUCUCUCUGAGUGGAGGACAGAAACAACGACUCACCCUGGCGCGUGCUAUCUAUUCGAGAAAGAAGGUUGUUUUCCUUGAUGACAUCUUUGCUGGACAGGAUGGGCGCACGGAAGAACACAUCUACCAAAGUCUUUUCGCAAAGGACGGAUUGUUUCGAGAGAUGGGCACGACUGUGGUCUGCAUUACCAAUACAAUUCACAGACUAGCAUAUGCUGAUCAUGUCAUCGCACUCGAUGAGAGCGGUCACAUAUUCCACCAGGGCUCUUUCGAGGAGCUUCAGGCAAAUACCAACUAUCUACAUGGUCUGCAAGUCAAACAGAAUGGGUCUGAUCAGCCAGAGGACACCUCCGGCCACCAAGAUAUGGACAUGAAGACGGUGCCUCGACGCCCGACCACGGAUGAGCAACUGCCCUCCACGACUGGAUUUAUCGGAGAACUUGCAACGUACGGAUACUAUCUGGGGUCGUCGCCUCUGUGGUAUUCAUGGCUAUUUGCAAUUCUCAUUGUCUUUUACUCGGCAGGUUUCAAGUCCACCGAGUUGCUCCUGAGUUUCUGGACUGGCCAGUCCAGUACCGGACAGGAGAUCAACAACUUCUACCUCGGGUUCUAUGGAAUGCUCUCUGGUAUCUCAAUAAUUGGUAUCACUGGAGGGGCUUAUUUCUAUCUCACCGUCAUGGUACCAAAGAAUUCAGAGGUGCUUCACGCUCGCCUGCUGAAUGCUGUCAUGGAAGCUCCACUAUCUUUUUUCUCCAAUACAGAUGUUGGCGUCACGACAAAUCGGUUCAGUCAAGAUAUGUCUGUGAUUGAUACAGAGCUACCAUAUACUCUGAUCGACUUUGCGCUGAAUAUCACCACAGUGGUCAUGGCCGCAGUCCUCAUGUGUGUCUUUUCAGGGUAUUUCGCGGCAACAUUGCCUCCCAUCAUGCUCUUCUGCUGGGGUAAGUUUAGUAAAUUCUAUCUCAAGACAUCUCGCCAGAUUCGUCUCCUUGAUCUGGAAGCCAAAUCACCCUUGUUCACCCAAUUUCUCGACCUCCUUCAAGGCCUUUCUAGUGUGAGAGCAUUUGGCUGGCAGACGCGAUUCAAGGAAAGAUAUCUCGAGCUCCUGGAUGCAUCCCAGCGGCCUUAUUAUUUGCUCUUUUGCAUUCAGCGGUGGCUGACGCUCGUCCUGGACCUGAUGGUCGCGGUGCUGGCCACCAUCCUCAUGGUCCUGGUCGUCCACCUCCGAGCCGACUUCUCGCCGCGGUUCGUCGCCCUGGCCGUCCUCAACGUGACGGCGUUUAGCCAGACGCUCAUAAACGUCAUCAAGGAAUGGACGCAGCUGGAGACGUCGUUUGGCGCAGUCGCCCGGGUCAAGAAGUUCUGCACAGACACCGAGAGCGAGAACCUGCUCGGCGAGAGAGCCCCUGUGCCCGAGUCGUGGCCUCUAAACGGACACAUCUCCAUCAAGAACCUCACGGCGGCAUAUACGUCAAAUGGGGAGCCAGUCUUGCAUAAUCUUACUCUCGAAAUACCCGCGGGCUCUACCGUAGGAAUCUGCGGGCGCAGCGGCAGCGGGAAAAGCAGUCUCGUAGCCUGCCUGUUGCGCAUGAUGGAGGUCAGUAGCGACUCUCGCAUCGAGAUUGACGGGGUCGACAUCACGACGCUUUCGCGGCAGGCGGUCCGCGCCGCCGUCGCAGUCGUCCCUCAGCACCCCUUCUUCCUCAAGAACACCAACGUCCGCGACAACUUGGUGCCUCUGGGCGGCAGGCAGACGGACGAGAGGAUCCUGGCCGUGCUGCACCGCCUAGAGAUGAGGGAGACGGUCGAGCGCAUGGGCGGUCUCGAUAGCAUGCUCGACAUGGACCGCCUGUCGCAGGGCCAGCGCCAACUCCUGUGUCUGGCCAGGGCCGUGCUGGCGGGGAAGAGAAUCAUCAUGCUCGACGAGGCGAGCAGCAAUGUCGACGAGCGAUCCGAGAGGCUGAUUAGGCAGGUGAUUCGCGAGCAAUUUGUCGGUUGUACCGUGAUUGCCAUUGCCCAUCGCAUCGGAGCCGUGGCCGACUUUGAUCGGGUAGCCGUCAUGGGGGGCGGGAAAAUUCUCGAGUGGGAUAAUCCUCGGACGCUGUUGGGUCGGGACAGCGAAUUCAAGAGACUUUGGGACCUCGGAUCUGGCUAG